UACAUUAACAAAAAGCAGAUCAAAAAUAUUUAUACAUAAUUCAACAACAAAAAUUGGAUGAGAUAAACUCAUACUUAAAGCGGCAGUAAUUUCUUCACCCAAAAUCAAACAAAAACAAAGGAAAAUUCCCUAAAAAUUAUACAUGGAGGUGAAGAAAAACAUGGGAGUGAAGAAGAAAGUGCCUUUAAUGCGUACUAGUAACAAGAACAAAAUUAGAAAGAAGAAGAAAUUUAGUAUUGAUUACCGCAAAAUUUUCCCAGAAAUUGUUGAAUAUCUUAAAUCUGAUUCUUAUUUUUAUUCCCACUUCAUCUCAUCUUCUACGGCGUCGAAUUCGUCUGCGCAAUAUGAUGUUUUCUCCUCCUCUAGAGGUGAACCCAUUUUGGGGAGUAAGGGCCGAACAAAGGAGAAGCUAGUGGAGUACCUUAAAUCUGAUACCUACAUGUAUGCUCCACUGGAAGGUACUCAACAUCGUGAUGAUUUUGCGAUAAAAAACAUCAUCUCUCCUCAAAGAGGACACGACUUGCAGUUUAUGAGGGUAACUAGUACAGUCUUAUCCACCAGUAAGAUUGCCUGGCAGACAAAAGAAGUAGCAGAAAAACCUUCCGUGGUUGAAAAGUGUAGAGAUCAUGGCACAAGAGGUAAUCCACCUGAUGAGAAUUUCGCCUCUCCUAAAACUCCGGGACUUCAGGAAGUAAAGAAGCAAGCAGCUCGACGGAGUGGUCGCUUAUCAACAAUCUCAGGUUAGGAAGCAAUUGAUAGGAAGUACAAGAAGUCUUCAUGGACUUACAUUGCCUUCAACGGCCACGGCAUAGAAACUGAGAUCAAUGUCAGUUUGUCCGUGGACUUGGUGCUUGGUUCUGUAAUGGAUUUUCAGCAUGUGAAUUCUUCUAAUAGUUCUUGUAAUCUUCGCAUAUCGUCUUUGUAACUUCUGUAUGCGUAAGUAGAUGUUUUAAUUGGAUUUAAUAGAAUGUGUAAACAAAGAUCGAAAGAUUUCGAUUACUGAUAGUACAUUUUAGGUUCUAUAUCUUCGCCUAAUCCAAUCGUUUCUAAUAUUUUUCUGUAA